CGCGAGUAUCAAUGGCGCGGAGGCGGUCAUAUUCACUGUGCAAUAUGGGUUGAGCCCGAAACCAAAAAAGAAGAUGUAGUAAAAGCGGAAAUACCACGCGGUGGACCCGACAAAGAAUUACAAGAAGAACUAGAAAUGCUCGUGAAAAGACAUCAGAUUCACACGUGUAGAGCAGACAAAUGCUUUGUAGUCGGGCGCAAAAAGAAAAAAGUAAAGAACUGUCGCUUUGGUUUCCCGUAUCGCUACUGUGCGGAAACAAUGCCACAAGAAGGCAGUCUUCGAAAACUAUACCGGCGAAGAUGUCACGAAGAUCAAAGAGUUGUGCCUUACAGUUACGGACUGUUGUUAACAAUGCGCGCACACGUUAACAUCCAAGAAGUGCAAGGAGCCGGUUGGGAGUUGUAUUUGGCUAAAUAUAUGACAAAACCAGAACCAAUAAAAAAAGUGAAUUGGGGCAAAAAAGUCUCUAAAGACUCCUCAGAUGUCGAAAGAUUUCUAAAAAUGAGACUCAUUGGAUCGGUUGAGGCUAAUGAUCAUAUGCUUCAGUUUCCCGCCAAGAGUUCUAAUAUAGAAGUCAUAUAUCUCCCGAUUGAAUUGCCCGGCGAUAUCGAGAGACUGGUGCUCAAACGGAACAAAGAUUUGCCAUCCGAUCCCAAUUCAGAAGACGUAUACUAUUUCUCAAAAAUUGACAAAUAUCUCGAUCGACCAAUAAAUCUAAGACAUUUAACAUAUCCCGAAUAUUAUAAAGAUUACACAUUGAGAUCAGCACAAAAAUUUGAAAGAACUGGUAAAGACGAUGACUGUUCGGAUAUUGAAGAAAGUGACGAACUUAUCUUAAAAAUCGAGUGGUUAAUUAAUCUCGAUACAUUAAUAUCCAAAGAGAACACAGAAGGCACAUUUAUGAAUGAAUGUAUGAUAAGAAAUCUCUGGGAUCACGACUCAGCACUUGACUUUCUCGCAAACGCAGCGACAAUGACUUUCAGUAAAGAGAAACUGAUGAAAAUUGCCGGAGAAAUGAUGAAUAACAAUUAUAUUACGGCUUUAGAUUUAGAACAAUUUGUAGGAACACUAGAAAUUCGAGACCCACAUCUAAGAGAUUUCACGGAUGAACACGAAAUCGAAGAUGACAAUAAAGAUAUUGAAGUGAAUUAUCCGGUUCAACAGAUUGUUCACAAACCACUUCAAUAUUACGUCGAUUCAUUUAACAAAGAACAGGGACAGAUAUUUGACACAAUUCGCGAGUCAUUCACUGAACGUAAACAGAUGUGUGCUUGUAUUGUUGGACCUGCAGGCACUGGAAAAAGUCAUCUGUUGCAAGGAUUGUGCGCAUUGAUAAAAGAACUAGACAUUGGUGCGUUUCAAAUACUUGCACCGACAGGUUCAGCCGCACAUCUCGUGAAAGGCCAGACAAUUCAUUCGUAUUUUAAAAUUGAUUUAAAAAAUAACUCUCACUUGAAAAUCAAUACAAUUGAAGGACAAAUGCUGCAAAUGUGCAAAGUGUUAUUUAUCGAUGAAAUGUCUAUGAUAACAAGUGUAGUGUUUGAAGAAUUGGAAAAAACUUGUAGAUAUAUGAACAAAUUUAAAACAUCGGGGAAAAUUCAGCCGUUUGGUGGAAAGCACGUCAUUCUCUUCGGUGAUCCGGCGCAACUCCCCACUCGAUAUCACGAUCAUAUAUAUUGUAAAGAUAUAUUCAGACACUUUAACAUAUUUGUAUUGCAAGAAAUUGUGCGUCAAGAUAACAAAGAAUUUGCUCAAAUGUUACGAGAAGUUCGGUUAGGCCAUCGUACGAAAGAAGUGAUCGCAUAUUUCAAACAACGAAUAGACACUUUAACAUAUUUGUAUUGCAAGAAAUUGUGCGUCAAGAUAACAAAGAAUUUGCUCAAAUGUUACGAGAAGUUCGUUGGAGCUAUUGUUAUUCUUCGCCGCAAUUUAAACACCGCUGCGGGUCAUGUCAACGGAAGGGUUGCAAAAGUUAAAGUAAUGGGAGAGCGUUAUGUAAUCAUUACAACACUCGACGAACCGAUAGAAGACAUACCUAUUACUCCGAUCAGACAAUAUCUGGAAUAUUGUGGUCAAGAAGACCGGUUUAUUAGAGAACAAUUACCGCUCGAACUGGGAUGGGCUGUAACAAUACAUCGAGUACAGGGUAUGACACUCGACGACGUGUAUGUAUAUUUAGACAAAGACAUUUUUGAGUCAGGUCAGGCAUACACCGCAUUGUCACGGCCGCGCAAACUCGAAAAUCUCAGACUAUUGGCUUUCGAGCCUAGAAAAAUAAAACUACACAAAUAUUAUAAAAAACUGCUUGAAUGGGUGGAAAAAGUAAAUCUCUUGAAUCCCAACAGAGAAGAAUAUUUUCCACCACCAGAUAAAGAAUUGAAAGAUCAGAAACGACUGAAAGACUAUAUAGAUAAGAUCAUGAAAAACAAAAAACCAAAAGACAAUAAAACACUUUACCCAAUAUUUGACAAACCAAUAAAACCCAAUGAUUCAAAACAAACAGAAGCUCUCAGCAGCCAAGACAUCACUGAAGGACUUGAAGGCAGCCAAGACAUCACUGAAGGACUUGAAGGGUUUUCUCUGAACACACCGACGAAAAAUAAACGACCGCCGUUAGAUCCAGAGGCGAGUCCUGCAAAACCUAAAAAUCUUCGCUUUGACGAACCAAUGGACACAAGUGAACUCAACACAUUAGAUCAGUAUGACGAUCUCCCAGGUGUCUGCACUGAUCUGUUACACCAAUUGAUUACAGAACGAGUGUUUAUGUGGGAUUGUCAACAGUUAAGACAAACAGUUCUUGAACAAAACAGUGAAUUGUGUGCACGAGUUGAUGAUAUUCUAAACAAUUCUCAACCUUUGACUUACACAUCCCGUGUGAAGGGACGAAAUUAUUUGCUAAAUGACUGUAACGAAAUACCGCAAGAAAUGAGACAACACUACAAAGGAGUUAGCAAUCGUAGUGACGGCAACUGCUGGUAUCACGCCGUUUCACGAACAUUAUUUGGCGACACCAAAUAUAUGCCUGUUAUAAGAUUCGCAUCAUUAAUAGCAGUGCUGAGACACAUGAAUUAUUUUGACGACUAUUCUCGUCGUACGAUAGCGGACGGCAUUCAUGAAAACGCACGUUUAAUGUUCACAUGCCUCUCAAUCAGUACUUUGUCUGACAAAGAGCACAUAACUAAUAGAUACUAUCACACACUGAAAUUACCAAAUUAUUUCUCGUGGGCCUUUAGAGUGGCUGAAUUGGCAACACAAAUAUCAAUCAAUAGGCCGAUAUAUGUGUACACGAGUCAAGAACAUAUGGCUAGUACGUGGAUUGCUCAUAGUGAAGAAAUACAGCAUAAAACACCAAUCUGUAUUAGACAUCACCAACUUCACUUUGAAGCAAUAAUGCCUUUACCUAAUGCUCCCCUUCCCGUGAGACCACGUGCUCACAAUUUAAUGACAGACGGACCCAAUCUUAACCCUUUCUGUAUA